CUUUGGUGUGUUUUUGUAUGGAGUGUAUGAACUCGCUAAAUUGUGAAGGUAUAUUUUGUGGAACUCAAUGCCUCAGUCCGAUUAUUGGCCGUUUAAACCCACGGACAAUGCCAACGGAGAGUCGUCCUAUCUGCAAAAACAACUGGGAGAUAUGGAGGGAGAGGUCAAAGAGAUUCAGAUGGAGCUAGCGGCUAUUAAAAGGGACCGAUUAGAUUUAUACAAUCGAAAACAUAGGAGCGUAGAGUUAGAAUCUGACGAUGUUGUCAGAGAUGUGGAAGUGCCAGAUGAGAAAGUUGCUAAGUUCAUUGAGGUAUCCAAACUUCGUGAAGAACUGAUCAGAGCGAAGAACGCGGCUGAUGAAGAAAGGUUUCAACGGGAGAAGUACGAAAACAAAUUAAAAGAUCUCGAAGUGAAGCUCAACGGCAUUUGCUGUGUGACUGAAAUAAAGGAACCACGAAAAGGUACGAACGACGCAGAAGUCUCUAACUUGAAAAUUCAAAUCAGAGAUUUGAAAGAUGAAUUGGAGGAAACCAGGUUGACGGUUAACGAGAAAAAUGAUCAAGUACAAGAAUACCGCAUUAAGUACUUGCAAGCUCAGCAACAGGUAGAAGAGUUGAAAAGACAACUGGAUGUGGUGGACUUCGACAAUAAACAAGUAUCGGACCAAAUUCAAAUAGAAAUACAAAAGAUGAAGAUGCAAUUCCAAGAGAAACUACAAGAGCUAGCUCCGCUGCCAGAUCUUUUGAAAGGCGCUCAGAUUCAAUUGCAGGAAGCUAAACAAUUACAAAGAUUGGCCGAGGACAGCUCGCAACAACUCUCUAGUGAAGUGCAUCGUGUCAAAGAAAAGCUUGUCUUAGCUGUAAAUGGUUUGAACCAAGAAAAAGCUGAAAAAGUCCAACUAAUUGAAGAGAAUAAAAGUUUAAGAUGUAUUCUUGAUGACAGGGACAAGGAAAUUAAGACAAUGACAAUAACUUUAGAAGAUGCGAAAUGUGCUGUGCUUCGUCUUCAAGAGAAGCUGUCGCAACAAGAGGUCAGGUUUAAGGAGAAGUCAGUAGAAUGUGGGGAACUUCUCCGUGACCUGGAUGAACUGCGGCAAGAGACGACAAGGUCAUUAAACAGGAGCAAGGACCGAGCUGACAGUAUGAGGAAAUACCUCCAGAUGCAAAUAUCCGAGUUGGAAAGACAACUAGUGCAGAGCCGUGCGCAGUGUCGCGCUUGUCAGAAGGAAAGAGAUGAGAUACGUCAACGGAUGCAGAUCCAAAUAAAUAAUCUUCAAGAGAAUUUCGAGUUAGUAGAGAUUAGACUUCGUGCUCUUCAAGGGCAGGUGAAUUCGUUGAAAAACAGUUACGCCAUCAUACUCACCGACGAAGAAGACAGUUCCGAUUUUAAUAAAAUCACUACAUGA